AACGAACAACGCAGAUGACCACUGUAGAGCUCGUUUGAAAUUUAGAAAUACAUUAACCAGAAGCCCCCGCGGCGGUCAAGCGGAGAUACGCAAGGUCAGUUACUCAGCGACGUGGUCGAGUUAAGCGUGUAUAACAUUGAUUAAAUGGAUUAUAUAUACUUUAUGUUUUCCACUUGCUCAUUGUAGUGUCCCAAAGAGUGCAUGACGCCACUCGUGUCUCUUGUUGGCUCACUUUAACACUGUUUAUUUUAUAUUUAUAUCUAACGUUACAGUGCUGCUGAUGGUCGUUUGGUAACAGAGGCAUUCAAUGUGCCUACAAGAAAGUGGGAAGUAUUUUAUAUCAAGUUGUUUUUUGUCACAAAAGGAAGUUACAGCGUUACAACACAGAGAUCAGGAAUCAUGAACUACACACGGUUUCUGACAGCUGUCAGUGCAGCUAGAAAGCCCUCCCCUAUCAGGAUGCUGGCCGAGCUGCAGCAGCGGUCACCUCCGUCCCUGAUCUCUUUGGCUGGCGGAGCGCCCAACCCCAACACCUUCCCCUUCCAGUUGGCGUCCAUCAAGGUGAAGAACGGACAGACGAUCACCUUCGAUGAGACGACGAUGAAGAAGGCUCUGCAGUACUCUAGCUCUAAUGGAAUACCGGAGCUGCUGACGUGGAUGAAGAAACUACAGAAGGACCUGCACAACCCGCCGACCCACACGGACAUGUGUGUGACCACGGGGAGCCAGGAGGGGAUCUGUAAGGUGUUUGAGAUGCUGGUCAACCCCGGAGACAACGUUCUGCUGGAUUCACCCACGUAUCCAGGCACACUGGCAGCGCUCCAGCCGCUCGGUUGCAACAUAAUCAACGUCCCCAGCGAUCAGUACGGCAUGAUACCUGCAGCCCUGAAGGAGGUUUUGUCCCGGUGGGACCCCUCGGAUGUCCACAAGCCCGGCAGCACCGCCCCCAAGGUCCUCUACACCAUCCCCAACGGAGGAAACCCCACCGGUGCCUCCAUGACGGCUCAGAGGAAGCAGGAAGUGUACGAGUUGGCCAGGCAAUACGACAUGCUCAUCAUCGAGGACGACCCGUACUACUUCCUGCAGUUUGACAAGCCGUGGGCUCCCACAUUUCUCUCCAUGGACGUUGACGGGAGGAUCAUCAGGACAGACUCCUUCUCCAAGAUCCUGUCUUCGGGGCUGAGGAUAGGUUUUGUAACCGGUCCCAAACCGCUGGUCGACAGAGUGGUGCUGCACAUCCAGGCCUCCACGAUGCACACAAGUACCUUCACACAGCUCAUGGUGUCUCAGUUGUUGCACAGCUGGGGCCAAGAGGGUUUCCUCCAACACAUAGACGGGUACAUCACAUCCUACAAUGCACCUGCACAGCCAUUUUCUGAUCUGCCUGUCUUGUUUGACUGGUUAAGAAAACAAUUAGAUCUACAGUACCAUUUAAGUGAGUCAGACAUUCUUGCAGCGAUGCAUGACACUUUUCUUUUCUCUCGCAGGGUAAUUGAGUUUUACAGGAAACAACGUGAUGCCAUGAUCAGCUCUGCAGACAAGUGGCUCAAAGAUGUUGCAGAGUGGCACUCCCCAUCUGCAGGCAUGUUCCUGUGGAUCAAACUAAAGGGCAUCGCCGAUACACAACAGCUCAUUAUGGAGAAAGCCUUGGAGAAAGAGGUACUGAUGGUUCCCGGGGGCGCCUUCAUGAUCAACAAUAGUGACCCCUGUCCCUACGUCAGAGCUGCCUUUUCUCUAUCCACACCAGAGCAGAUUGAUGAGGCCUUCAGAAGACUCUCUUCUCUCAUCAAAGACGCUUUGUGAUCAGAGAUCCAUUUUUCCCUAAAAGAUGCUGUAUUUGUUUUGUACUUAUUAUUGAAGGCUUUUUUUUAAAUGUUAAAAUAUAUUACAUUUGAAUAAUGUUGUUCAACCUCUGACUAUAUCUAUGCCAUAGUCAAUAGAACAUGUAUUGUAAUUGGUGCUGAUUACUGAAAGCCAAUUGGAGCAAUGACUGAGUUUUACAAACGAAAACAAAUACAGUUGUUAACGUCAUAAUUUGUUGCUCCAUUCGUUGCACUACACAUUGAAGAUGUCUUUAUGUUUUCCAUGUGCCAAAAAAUAAUAAUAAAAUAUUAUUAAAUUAUCA